AUGGAUCUUUUAACUCCUGACAAAAAUGUGAUGACAGGUUAUAAUUCAAGAACUCAUGUUGGUGUUGCUUCACACACAACUCCAGGAUAUGUUCCUCCAAUUAUUCGGGGCCUAAGUUUGGAAGACUCAGUAAAAUGCACUACACUUUGUGGUCCUAAAUAUAGGCAACACUCAUGCGUGCGCGUGAAUCUUGGAUUUAAUGAUGCUAGUUCACUUGACUCAAUAUUUUCCCAGUCAAUUAUUGCUUCACAGAAGGGAUCAACAAUCGGAACAACAACAGCUGUUGCAACAAAUACAAAUGAUAAAUCAAACCGUUGCAAAUCUUCAACUGUCCCUAGCGUUAUCAAAAUUGUGCGUAAAAGUUACGACACAUUGGAUGUCGGUAAAAAUCGCCACGAAAAGCACCUAAAAGCUGAUGCUGAGUUAAUUGCUCAACAGAUCACUUUAAUUGAACUGAAAUAUUUUCAAGCAAUUGAAGCUGAUGAAUUUUAUACUCUGAAGUGGAAUAGCAAAGAAAAACUCCAGUAUGCUCCAAAUAUUGUAGCAUCUACAAGAUGGUUCAAUCAGAUCAUAUUCUGGGUUCAAAAAGACAUUCUAAACGAGAAGAAUUUAUCUAAGCGGACAGAGAUCUUAUCGCAUUUUAUUCGAAUAGCAAAGAAACUGGUUGAUAUCAAUAAUUUUUCCUCAGGUAUGGCUGUUGUCUCCGGUCUUCAUGUACAGUGUAUUUAUCGUUUAAAUGCUACUUGGUCUAAUCUCUCCUCACGUGAUCGGCACACAUUUCGUAAAUUGGCUGAUUUGUUUUCACAAGAAAAUAAUUAUGUCAAUCUUCGUUCAGCUGUGGAUAAUGCACGUCUUCCAUGUAUACCAUAUUUAGGUGUGUUUCUUGGCGAUUUAACCUUUAUUGAUGUUGCCGCUUCAUCUGUUGCCACAUCAUUGAGUCAUCGUGAAAAUAGUUCAUGGGAUAGCCAAGGUAAACAAGAUCGUAUGAACAAUAUACUUCGUAUCAUUGCCAACUUUCAACAGUCGAACUAUCCUUUUAUUCGAAAUGAAUCUGUAGCCACUUAUCUGGAAGCUCAACGAUAUAUUGAAGAACUUCAACGUUUUAUCGAGGAUGCCAAUUAUAAGUUAUCACUUCAAGUGGAACCACCAUCUCCACCUGAUCCAUGUUGUACAGAUCUGCCAUACACUAUCCCUCCUAAUAAUCUAUUUUUAAGUUCUACUAAUAAUGUACUAAAACCUGUCCCAGUUUAUAAUUCUUCAACAACGACGGUAACAGCAACAACAACUAUCACUUCUAAGAAUGAUGCGACGUGUAAUGCAAAGGAUAAUUCUCCCUCAUCCAAGGCGUCUGAUGGCAGUGGUACUACACGAAAAUGUAACAAAAAGACCACGGACACUAGGAAGGCGACGAAUUCAAUUUCACCAUUGUGUGACUUACUAGCACCGCCAGCUAUACCACCUCCACCACCUAGUAAACAUUCGCACACCAAUCAAAGUACCCAUUAUGAAGUGUUGACUCCGCAAGCAAAUUCCAAUUCUCAACUUUCUGCACCAAAUUCAGUACAUCGUCCUCGGAAAAGGCCAACAUACCGAAGACUAGGCAGUUGGGCGGGGAUUGGAAUGUUGGCGAGUGAUAAUUAUAUCAGUCCAACCAUUGAAGAAUUUGUUCGUGAUACAAGACAGGCCCUUGAAAGUGGGAGUACACAGCAGUCUACUUUAUCCAUUCCAUCGUCGAGCACUUCUAGCAGUCAACCUUCAUUUAGAUCGCCUGUUCCCAAUACACAUAUGAAAAUGUAUUCAAACGAUGUGUUUGAAUCUACCACCAAACAACUGUCACCUAGUCAAAGUUCCACACUUGUCACGAAUCUGUCUUCACCUCGAUUAUCUGAUAAAAGUGCUGUCAACAGUAAAGCAUCGAGGCAGCGAUUAGCCUGUGAUGGUCUCACUUUCCAAUCUACUCCUGCUUCUUCUUCUUCUUCUUCAUCACCUCAGCCUAAGUCAACUGCUGGCUGCGAGUCAGUCGAUCGAGCAGAUGAUAAACAAUCACAAGUUAAUUGUAAAAAUAGAAAAAAUGAAUCCCUCCCUAUAAAUUUACUACAUAUUCGUUAUGAGUCUCUAUCUCCUACACCGUUGCCAUCAACGCAGCAUACUUCAACACCAAAAUCACCACCACCAUCAUCAUCUGCUCAUCAAAAUCAGUCCUUCAAUUCACCGUAUGCAAUAUCAAAUACAAAAACUGCUCCUGUCACUCCAGUUCGUGGCACAAGAGAUCAUCCAUGCAAAAUACUCUCCCGUGCUUCAGAAAUUUCAGAUCCUCUUCAGAAAUGCUGUACUACUGUUGCUAAUAUUCCUAUUAGUAAUAAAAAUAAACUUUCUGUUGUUAAACGACUGUUUCAUGACCCACCUCCACUGUCGCCUUCACCAACUGUCAUCAAUCCUAAGGAUGACAAAAAUAUUGAUUUUCCAGUUACAAAACACCAGUUACCGUUAAAACCAGCAGUUACAUUGUCGUCUUCAUUGUCAUCAUGUGCAAAUCAUGAAGACAUGCCAUCGAAAUUUUGUACACCGAUAUCAAAGCAUACAAAUCAACCUCCACUGUAUUAUCAACAUUCUCAUUGUCUUUCACAAACAUUUCCACUUACAUUGUCUGAAACAAAAAUGAGAUGUUCAUCAUUUCGUAUGCCUAAGUUGUCAUUAUCGCCGUCACUACAAUCACCAACAGCUCCUGCAUCUUACCGACAAGGUAUGAAUCCCAGAUAUCAACAAUAUCCUUUUUACUUAUCACAUCUGGCUUUAGCAGCACUUGCAGCUGUUCAAGUGGCAAUGACUAAUAAUGAUGAUGUUGAUAUCUCUAUUGAUGGUAACAUUCACAAUCCUGUUUACAGUGAUGGUAAUUUAUCCAUGAAUCACCAACAUUCACCAAGUUUCUAUUACCGUUCUCAUUCUUCACCAAUGAGUUCAACUUGUCUACAUAUGGAAUCAUCUAAUUGGUUGGAAGUAAUUCGAGAAGGUCCUUUGCUAUGUUGUACUUCCUCCUUUGCCUCUUUUCAAAAUGCUCAGUCACAUGAAGUACCACUCAUCAGUACACUACCAACCCUACAGCCAGAUUGUCAGAACAUUCCUUACAUCCCAUUUUUUCAAACUAAUACUGACUUGAGUCCCACAACACCUGAAGUAUGUAGUGUAGAGGUAAACGAAGGCAGAAGAACAUCUUGCUUUUCCUCAUCGAAACCCCGAAGAAAGUCUGACUUUCUCACUGAUGUUGUUCACGAUCUUUCUGAUUUCAAUUCCUCUCCUGCCGCUGUUGCUACUACAUGUUCGCAAUUUUCUAUGUCCUCCUCCAUGACGUGUGAAUUUAUCUCACCAAUGUCGUCGUCAACUUCCGCCUCCUCUGAUUCUUUACCUUCUUGUAACAAUUCGCAUAAGAAAAAUGUCGACACUUAUGUGAAAAUGCAAAAUCAUAUCCUCAGCUUGCUUAUUGCACCACUAAUGCUUUUCAAGAAUUGUUGGGCUGUGCUUAUCGUCUCAUCGAAUUCUUCUCUUUCUGCUUCCACAAUGCAUAAUUCAAAUUCUGGUUGUGCUUAUUUAGUCUUGUUCAAAACUCAUAAAAGUCAUCAAUCCAAACAGUUUAUCCCAUGGUCUGUUUCAUCAGUUUCCAGUCGAUACAAAUUUUCCAAAACACGCAAAAAAUUCGAUAACUCUCCUAAUCAUUUCUCGGCUAGUCGCUGUAAAGUCCUGCGCAUACAAACUGCAUGCUUCGACAAUCGAUAUUUUCAUUCUCUCAAUAAUAAUUUUUUGACUGUUGAAACUCAGGUCACAAGUGAUACACAUCACAUAAUGCCUUGGACAUGGACAAUUAAAACUGCUCGCCGUCUCAGGCAGGUUAUGCGAGAGAAAAUCAACAGUAUAUCAAAGACUGAUCGAAUAAAAUGUAUGCCAUCAGAAGAUGCAGGUGGUUCCAAUAACCCUUCAAACAGAACACUGCAGUGGCUUCCCCUGCUCACAUUGUUUCCAUUUCCACACAUUAGAAGUUAA